AUGGCGGACAUAACUUCUGGAUUAAUUUGGGAGGAGGAAAAAAAGAAGUAUAAAGCUCUGAAUGUAAAGAUGGCUGAAUUACUGGAGGCAGCGCAUCAAAAGCAUGACAUGGAGAGAAAAUUAGGUCACAAACCACCAGAUAGUGUUAAUUUGGACAGUAAAACAGAGGUGAACUUUUAUGAGAUGAAAAUGAUCCGGCCAAACAACAAUAAAAUUCGAAGAUCUUUCCAGCAUGGGGUGUGGAUCCAGUAUAAAACCUCACCUCAUCAACUUCAGGUCCAUGCCAAGAUCAAUAAGCUACAGUUAGAUAAUCAAACAAACAGUUGUGUGUUUCCUACAGUGCUAGCGUCAGUUCCUCCUCCAAAGUCUGUUGCCUCAGAGAGCGUUCCUAAGCCUUUUGCUGAAGUCAGCAUCCUAGCAAUAAAGCACGAACAUAGCAAUAUGUUACAGUUCAAAUAUAUCAAGGUUUUGGUCCAAGAAAUGUCCUUAAAAGUAGACAUCGGGUUCCUAUUGAAUAUGCAUGAAUUUUAUAAAUCACAUAAAAAGGUUUCAAAAGAUAGAGAGAAAAUAAUGAUGCAAGCUGACUUGAAGACUGUGCAAACAGAGUUAUUGGAGGAGACUGGACUCUCUCUUGCCAAAGAGGAUACAAAUUUCUUUGACUAUCUUCAUUUGUCACCUUUAAAGAUCUGCGUGAGUUUCUCCCUUCAGGGGGAACGUGAGAAUAUCCAUCUCCAUGAUGACAUUAUAAAUAUUGCCUUGAAUAGUGUAGGAAUGGUCACAGAUUUUCAGGAUCUCAUAUUCAAGCUGAGUUUCAUAGAGAAGAAAAACUGUUUCAUUAACCGAUCACAGAUGAUUUCACUCUUGAAGUGCCAUUACGUUAAACAGGCCCUGAAGCAGAUUCUCGUUAUGGUUUUUGGACUGGAUGUCCUUGGUAAUCCCUUAGGAUUUUUACGUGGAAUGGCAGAUGGAAUAGAAGAUUUGUUUUAUGAACCUUAUCAGGGGGCAAUUCAAGGUCCUGAAGAGUUUGCAGAGGGUCUUUUAAUUGGGGUGAAAAGUCUGUUGGGUCACACCGUAGGUGGCGCUGCUGGUGGAGUAUCUCGAAUUACUGGUUCUAUUGGCAAAGGAUUAGCUACUCUCACAUUUGAUGAUGAGUAUCAGAAAAAACGUCGGGAGGCACUAAACAAAAAACCGGCCAACAUUGGAGAAGGACUCGCACGGGGAGGAAAAGGUAUAGUAAUGGGAUUUGUUGACGGAGCUACAGGAAUUGUUCGUCAGCCAAUACAGGGCGCAAAAAAGGAAGGUGUUGAAGGUUUUUUCAAAGGGAUCGGUAAAGGCUUGGUUGGCGUAGUAACCAGACCGACCAGUGGGGUGGUAGAUUUUGCCAGCAGUUCAUUUGAAGGAAUCAAGAGAAUUGCAGACUUGUCAGAUGAAGUAGGAAGGCUACGUCCUCCAAGACUAUUUUACUCUGACAAAAUAAUUCGUCCGUACAACCGAGUAGAGGCGUUCGGAAAUGCCAUUUUACAGGAAACAGAAAAGGGAAAACGAGUCAUUUGUGCUGAAAAAGGUGACAUACUUGGGCACUGGGAUGACGACUGGUCACACACUUAUGGUGAUUUGAAAGAAAAACCAACACGAUCCGCUAAAGGGGUUUUGAUCUUGCCUAAGGAUGCUAAGAAGAAGUUUCCUCUCAAAAUUGGGAGUUCAUCUAAAAAAAUUGAAAUACCUAUCUCCGAUUCCAACGAAGCAGAGUGGCUUGUGGGGAAGAUAUCAGAAGCAAUGGAGAAGUAUUUAAACCAAUGA